UGGAGCGAUGCAGCGUUCCUCCCGAUUUGCCUUCCAGUCCCUCGUGGCUCAAAUCCCGCUGACCCACUAAUGGCUUAAGCCUUCAGAAAUCCGACCUGCUCCAGUCCGGGCACACCUGGGUUCUGGAACGCCUGAAACUCCGGAAUAGGAGAAUAACGUAGGACUUUAUGUUUUGGGCAGAUGGGAAGAGGUACUGACUUGGUUUUGUGUUUUUAUUUUUAACUUUUAGAAUUAGAAUUGGCUGGAAAUGAUCUAUCGUACGAACCUUCUGAAACUGGAUCGGUCGCCUCAACUGUCAACUGAAGAUUUUCAACCUGGGAAAUUCUAUUCUUCUGGAUUCACUCUUGGAUUUAAAAAAAAUGAUGCAUCGUUCUUUGUUGGCAUGGAAAUGAUUGUGGGAAAGCAACAAGAGAAAACUCCUCUUUAGCCUCACGCCAAAUAUUGGGAUUUAUCUUUAGAUUUGGAAGUGUACACGCUUCCAGAACAAUCAGAAGUAGAUGUGUGUGUGUGUGUGUGUGAUUGAGGACAUUUAGAAAGUGUUCACUGUUUAUAUGUGUGGUUGUGUUGUUUGGCCAUGCUGGAGGAAAAGAAGGCCCGACAACAAAGAUCGACGGACACAGGUCACCCGAACGUGUCAAAGACCAACGACAGAACCCGAGACAUGGCUGCGGGUCAAACCACCAACAACAUCCCAAACAACAGCAGCAGCAUCUACGCUGCACGACGCUUUGCGUUGCUAUUGGAGCAUGGUGCCAUAUCUCCUGCUCCAGUGCCCCUAACGAGCCCCCUACUUGGAGGGUUCGCAGGGAGCUCGAUCCUGAUUGGACAGCAAGCUGCAACCUUGCAGCUAGCUCACCUGAAAGCCCAGCUUGCACUGACGCAGAUAAACAAUGCUCUCACAAUUGGCAGUCAAGCUGCAAAUUUGACAGCCAGCCCCAACGUCCCUACACCCUACAUACCCCCAACACCUCCCUCCCCAACUGCUGCAGCCAUCAGUCUCCUCAACCUUCUUAAGAUUGCAAACACCAUGUCUCAUCCCUUUUAUAACCCCUAUGUCCCUGGCAACCAAAGUUCCACCCAGGGGUCAUAUGGACUCCCCAGUAUGCAGGCAGAGAGGAACCCUGGGACAGGAUCUCCUCAUUUUGGACCUGGGUCCAGCUCUUCUGCAGCUUCUUCUGCUGCUCCUGGUGGAAUGAUCCCAUCACUGCUGACUCAGUCAGUGAACUACAGGCCUGAACAGAGUCGGGCCAAAAUCGACAAGGACAUAGAGAGGUCUGUGGACCUGCAUAUCAGCAGAGCCAGAGAGGAGGUGACGUUUGUUGGUAAACCGGAUCAUCGGCCCAUGAGCCAGAGCACUCGCUUUACCAACACUCAGGAGAUUCUGUCCUCGGGCACAGGGACAACCUCCUAUCUGAUGUCCACAACAUCUGCAUCUGCCGGACGCAGACACUCUGACGUUGAAAGUGGCAGUGGCUCCUCGGACUGGUUGGCGUGCUACAAAAGAUCAACUGCAGAUGAUUCUUCAAAAUUUUAUUCACCACCAGCUUCAACUAACUAUACAAGCAGCGAGAGAGAGCGUGAUGUACCGGCCACUCCAGGAUUAGGUGAUUUUGACUAUCGUGUGUCGGACAAACCUGGGGCUCCCACCGAGACAAGUCGCCCCAAGUACAAUUCUGAAGCUGCUACUGACAUCCUUUUGCAAUUUGGACUUGAAAAAAAGGAUUUAGACUAUCUCAUCGCGUACCCUGAAGACCAGAUGACCCCUGACAACCUUCCCUUCAUCUUGCGCCAAAUCCGCACUCAGAAGACUGAGAGAGCUGAGAGAACUGAGAGAACUGUAAUUCCACCAAAACCCUAUCCUCAACCUCAACCCAUCAGAGGUGUGAGUGGAAUGGAGGGUUUUCGUGGUUCUGGAGGCUCGUCAGCUGUUCUCCAGCCCACUAAAGUGAUUGACUAUGGACAUACUGGCAAUUAUGCUGGAGGCGCUUUGGAUGAGAUUGGAAGGACCAGUGGUGGGAGUGGCAACAUGUUGUUGGUGAACACUAACAAUAUUAGCAGCCACACUCCAGAACCACCGCAAAAAGAUACAGCAGAGGUGAAAAGCAGUGCCCUUGGUUCUUCAUUUGGCCAAGGUGGCGCUGUUUCCAACUCUUCAUACAAUUCAAUACUGAGAUCAGCAGUUACCCAAUGCAUUGAUCCAGCACAGCGAUUGAAGACCCAACCAAACCAGACUUAUCAAUCAAUCCAUAGCUCUUCUUCUCUGUCAAGAAAAGACAAAGACGGAGGCUUCAGACAUGAGGAAUCCUCCAAGGCCCGUCCUUUGAAAAAAACACACGCAGAUCACAAGUCUGCAGCAAAAACCCAACCAUCUUCCAGUCUGUUCCGGAGUGUGCAUCCUAACCGACCUGGUCUUGUGGUCAUUGGUACCAGUGAGGCCACUGGCACCAAGAAUCAGAGCGCAACUCAAGGAAAAGGUUCAACGGUUGCGAAGCAGAUGGAAAAACAGCAGCAACCUAUGCAGAUGCCAAAGAAGCAGGCGCCGAAACAGCCGGUAACGCAAAUGGGGAAAGCGUUGUGGCCUCCGGUUGUUUCUGCUACGCAACCUUCAUCUCUUCUCUCCAUCCCCACAUAUCCUUCUCGAACUGUGCAACCUUCAGGGUUCAGCCCUCACUCCACCAGUACUCCUUCCGCUUCACUUCAACCAGCCAGAAGUCUAAAGAACUUCCUUCAGUCGCCCACACAGCAUCCAGCAAAGUUGCCAGACACCAAGACUCUGCCUACACCAGCCAUGAUGCAUGACUAUGCAGCAGCCACACCGGGGGUCUUUCCACAUACCUGUUCUCUGUGUUUCAAAGAAUUCACUAAUAUGAAGGAUUGGAUCUCCCACCAGAACACCAGCCUUCACCUCGAGAGCUGCAGAGUCCUCCGGACAAAAUACCCACAGUGGAAUGGAGAAAUUGUACUCGAGCCCAGUGCUGCAAGGAAAGAUGCCAAACCCUCCUCCUCGGCUUCUGCGCAGACUUCCCAACAGCGUCAUAAGAAAACCAGUCACGGAGGCCGCUCCCGUUCGCACUCGGAGGGAAGAAGAGAGAAACGCAGCCGAUCACUAUCAUCACACAGCUCCAGAUACACUCGUUCCCGGACUCGUUCUCGCUCUCCACGUUACGACCAUGAUUGGUCACAUUCAAGGAGCCACGAGAGACAGAGGAGAAGAGACGACAGAUGGUCAUCUCCAACAAGAAGCCUCGAAAGACGAUCAUCGCUGCCGAGGAGGAGUGAAGAGAGAUGGUCAUCUCCAAGAAGAAGCCGCGAAAGACUCCCAUCCCCGAGGAGGAGAGACGAGAGAUGGUCCUCGCCAGGGUGGAGUGAAGAGAGAUGGUCAUCGCCAAGAAGAAGCCCUGAAAGACUCUCAUCCCCGAGGCGAGACGAUGAGAGAUGGUUGUCUCCAAAGAGAAGAGACGACUUAUGGUACUCGAGAAGACCAUCGUCGUCAGAGAGUUCCCCUCAACGGCGGCUGAGCAGUGCCAGCAGACUGUCGAAGAAACAAUUUGGCAAAUCAGAUGUCCAGUCUCUGUCCACACUGGUGAAAACUCUAACUCCUGCCUUGCUCAACGAGCUAGCCAAGAAGACCAAAGGAGGGAAACGCCUGAACCUUUAUCCCUCUGCUGUGAGAAAGAGCCCGUGCUCUGCUGCCCCCCCGUCAGUGAAGAAGAAGAUGAUGGUGAUGACAUCGACCAAGGCACUCCCAUCGCUGCCGAAGAGCGAUGAGAGCGCUUCCCCAAAGACUAAGUUGUUCAAACCUUCACCUCCAACCAUGGUGAGGUUAGAGGGCGUAGUUAACAGCCUCUCUCACGGUGACGUGGUCGCUGCCAUGGAGCAGUUCGGAAAAACCAAAUCAGUCGUGUUGUUUCGGAAGAAACUGGAGGCACUGGUGUGUUUCGAGAAAGAAGAGGAUGCCAAGAAACUGAAGAGCUUAAAGAGCAUCGACUUGAAAGGAAUCGUAGUCUAUGUUGUCACACAGAAGAAUCUUCAGCUAAAGAAGACUCCUCUGAAGAAACCUGUUUUGUCCGGUGUCUCCACAUCUCAAACCGCUAAAACCACAAAAACCACCACUUCCUCCAGAACGGUUUUGCUCCCGACGCCUUGCAAAGUGUCACAGAAUUCCUCUGGAGCCAAAACAAAACAAAUACAACAAGCUCCUGCGUCUGCCUCUAUAGCCGUCAGCAAUGAUUUCGCCGUGAGCCAGGAGCUGCUGACCAUUGGGGACAUGAUCAUCAAGCACCUGAAUCAGAACAAAAUCAAGUGCAUCAGGAAGAAAACCUGCCAAUUGACGCAGUUUUUGGACUGUGGCAAAAAGCAUAUGGUGAUAUCCCACCUGCCGAAGUACGAAGAUGGCUGCUACACCGAGGAAGACAUCGCCAACGUCUUAAUUCCAUACGGAUUCAUCUAUAAACACGAAAACAUCUUUGUUUUUCCUGAGGCCUGCAUGGCCUUUGUUGUGAUGCCGACAGUGCAGGAGGCGCACGAAAUAAUGAAACUCACUGUGAGUGACAGCAUCAUGUUCAAAGGGUCUCGUCUGCUGCCGCACGUGAUCCACGACAACGUGUUGAAGUCGCCGCUGAUGUUUUAUCGAUACCUGAUGAGCCUGUUCCUGAUGCGGUCAAAUGAGGAUCGGGGAGAGAGAAUAAUCUACAUCAAGAACAUUUCACCGAGCGAAGCCAGAGACCUCAGGGAGACGUUGAGAACAAUCGAUUCAGUCAUAAACUACCUGCCUCUGCUCAACAAGGUUUAUGUUGAAUUUGACUCCAGUCGUGAUGCUGAUCGAAUCGGAGUUUGGCACAGCCUCCUGAAACAUGCCCCUGGCUACAAAGUUUACAGACUGAAAACAACAGACGGCCUUUCUACAGCUCUGUCACCAAAGCUUGCUGCGAACGCUCUGCCGGACGGCAAGGAUGUUGCCCCCGGAGCGACGAUCCCAUCAGUAAAAUUUGGCGUUCCACAGGGCAGCAUUGCACCGUUUUGGGUCACAAUGGCUACUGGUCCCUUCGUGUUCCCCACCGUGUCUCCUUGGUUCAUCAUCCCAGAACAUCUGACCGUCAAAGGAGAUGUCGACAUCGAGAAGGCCAACAGUCGAAGUACCAUGUUCCCCACACUCAUGUUGACCGGUUUACCAGAAGGAGGCUACAGGCAGGAGGACGUCGCCAGGCUGGUCUGGCCUUAUUUCCCCAAACAAACUCUCCACUCCCUGUACUACAACGUGAUCGUGCUGACACUGCAGAGGAGGGCCUUCGUGCAUUUCAGCGAUUGGACAUCGUGCUGCGAUUUUGUCAGAGAUCACACCAGGAAGCCGGUUUCUGUCCGAGGCUGCGUUCUCAAGAUCCACUUUGUCCUGGAGUACAUGUAUCCUGAGUCAAAAGAGGAGCUCAUGUACAAAUCCUUGAUGAAAUGGAGCAACUCUCGUGUUCCAGAUCCCCAGUCUCUGGAGGAGCGGCUGCUCUGUGUGGAGAUCUCUGAGACCAGAGUCGAACUCGUCAAGACGGUCAUGAAAAUGGUGGCGUCCAUUGCUAAAUUUGUCAGCUUCCUGCCGCUCGCCAACAGGAUCUGUGUGGAGAUGGCUGACUCCAGUGGUGUAACUAAGGUGGUGGAGAAGUACAACUCUUACUUACUGACGUCAAUUUCUGCAUCGCAGGGCCAAAACAGGUGUCGAGUUCAAGGUGUUGAAUCUGUGAAGAGCCUAAAGCAGCGUCUUGAAGACUGCACUGAGAUCAUUUUGAACCUUGGUCUGGACGCCAUCAGUGCUGAAGCUCCGCCCGCGACACAGCCUCCUCCCCCUAAACCUUCCGAUAACGGGCAACAACCUGUUGUGCAAACCAGUGUCCGUGCUUCUGCUAAACCAGCAGCAUGUGAUGAAUCCAUCACUUGUGAACACGGUGAGAAACUGGGAACUGAGAUCGCCCUGGACUCCACCGCAUGUCCUCAGUCAAAUGAAGAACAACUCGUUAAGAUGGUGGAGGACGGCUCACCAACAACUACAGAUGACGCUGCUUCCGGCGCCACACACACACAUCUGGUCACCUCUGAAGAACCCACCACAGAACUUCUUCAGAUUGACCAGGAACCUUUUGGGGCCAAAGAGGGUCAAGAAGAUUUUUCAGAUGAUGUACUUGCUUCAGACGCCUACAUUUUUGAUGAGCCAGAUUUUGACAUGAGUGACUUUGUCACUGUUGAUGAAAUUUCUGAUGAUGUGGAAGAAACGAGCCCUGACCUCCAUAGCUCCUCGUCUUCCAAGCAGUCCUCCACAGGGAAAAAGGUAAAACAAAGCUCAGGUACUUCAUAUGCUCCGAAACAGACCUCAAACAGAUCCUCAACAAGAUCCUCGACAAGAUUCUUGAAAGACUCUAAGAGCUCAGCUUCUUUUUCAUCCAAGUCAACCAAAGACUACGUAAGGAGAAGCUCGUCUUCUAUCUCGACCUCUGUGUCCCCAAAAACAACUAAGGACUCAUCUAAGUCGACCAAAUCCCCAGCCUCAUCCUAUGCCUCUUCGUCUUUUCUGUCUCUUGAAACCUCUCCCUCCUCUUGUCACAAAGCACAGAGGAGCAAGACAAAAUCUCCACUCAAAGGCUCUCAUGCUUCAUCCUCAAGUUGUGGAAUCCGAUUGUCCUCAACUGCACGUGAAAGGGUAAAGAUGCUAUCAGCAGCCGUGUCUGUGGAGCGUCUCCCUGUGUCACAGAGACAAGCAGCAAAAGAGAGUGUAGUGGCAAAGUCUGACCACAAAGUGUCAGCAGAGGGCAUUGCUGCAAAAACUGUUGAGUCAGAGACCAAAAUAGAAAAAUCCUCAGAGAUGCAUCCACCUGCACAGGGACAGAGAUUUGGGUUGAGCCAAGACCAGAAUGUGGAGACUGGUUUAAAGGACACCGCACUCAAAGACCCGGAGAAAGGCAAAGAGAAAAAGGAAGAAGAAGAAGAAGAGGAGGAUGAUGAUGAUGGUGGUGAAAAGUACCAAAGGCUCGAUUCAUUUGAUGGCCGAACUGAUAAACAGCAGGAUGAAGGGAAUCAAGCAGGCAGCUCUGACACCAAGUCACCUGAACCUGAGAAAUGCUUGGUCUUGGACAGUGUCAACGAUGAUGGCAAAGAUGACACUGAAGAGGAGAAGGUGUCGGAGAUGGUCGAUUCCAUUGAAGAAGAACUGGUUCAAGAAGCGGCCGCCACAGAAAGGACCGAUAGAAGAAGGAGUGGAAGAGGAAAGAAAGAGGACAAAAUGACUCUGAAUCUCACUGAAGCAUCUGAAAAAGCAGAUGAAGAUGAGGAGGCUUCGUAUGAAAUCUUAGACUCUGUGGAGGACGAGACUGCGACUGAGGAACCGGCCGUUAUGACAAGAUCCACCAGAGGAAGAAGGGGAAGGACGACUAAGAAAGACCAAACAAAAAAAGAGGACACACCGACGAGAAGGAGGCGCACUCCUGCCAGAGAAUCACAGGAAAAAACUCCAAAGAUGGAGAAGGAAGCAUCUUCAAAAGAGAACUCACCAACAAAGAAGAGCGACAUCACUGUAAGAGAGGAAAUAGAUGAGGAUGCGACCUAUGAAAUAUUAGACUCUGUGGAGGACGAGGUUCUUAAGGAUGACCGGCCCCCUACAGGAGGAAAAAGAAAGCGGGGAAGACCAAAGAAAGCUGUUAAAUCAACUAGAAAAGACACUGUAACACUGAAGGGCGACAAAGAGGCUGAUGAUGAAGAAAAGGUGUCGUAUCAGAUUCUGGAGGCUGUUAAGGAUGAGAUGGUUGAAGAUCACCCUCCCACAGAACAGUCGCCCAAAAACGAGGAAGAGGAGCCUUUGUACCAGAUUGUAGAUUCUGUGGAAGAUGAUCGAGUUCAGGAAGAGUUGAUGACCACUGAGGUGUCAAAAGAUGAAACUUGUCCAAAAGAGGAGGAAGCAGCUGUUAAAGAAGAUGCACCAACGUGUAGCACCAUUGUGGAAGCCUCCGAAAAAGUGGUUACCAAGGAUUUAGAUCAUGAAGGUACAUCUACAGCAAAGGUCAAAGAUCCCACAACAUCAGAAGUGGAGAAGAACCAAGUGAGGAGUGCUCUGGUGAACCUGGAUGAGGUCAGUGAUGAGGAGGAAGAUUACCCUGAUGACAUAGCAGAGGAGGAAGAACUGAGGGAGAGGAUGGCUGCUGCUAAAGAGAAGCAACUCACCAUGAAGGAGGAGAGGAGGACCAGGGAGAAAGAGGAGAGGAGGACCAGGGAGAAAGAGGAGAGGAGGACCAGGGAGCGAAGGAGCCAGAGCAGCAGCAGCAGCAGCAGUGGUGGAGAAAGGAGGAAGAGAAUGGGAAGGGGUCGGGAAAAGGAGGAGGAGGUGGACACCAAGGAGCUGGUGACUGUGGAUGAGGUGGGAGCAGAUGAGGCUGGAGAGGAAGUGGCGUUACAGGAUGGAGAGUCUGACGCUGAGACCACGGCUGGAGAACUGGGGGGGCUCGUCACUCUGGAUGAAAUCGUAGAAGAGGAUGAGGAGGAGGAGGGAAAAGGUGAACAAAGGCUGCUGGAGCCCCGCCCACCCAGCAAGGACGAAGAGUCACUGGACUCCUUGAACCCAAAGUAUUUGGUGACUCUAGAUGAAGCAGGGGAGGAUGAGGAAGAGAAGGUGGACGAAGCAGAGGAAACAUCAACAUCUGCUAAACGCAAAUACGAUGACGACACAGAGGAGAACGGGAACUUUGUGACAGUGGAUGAAGUGGGAGAGGUUGAAGAGGAGGAGGAGGAGGAAGAACAUAAAGCUCCCAGGACAAGAGGCCGAGCCAAGAAGAGAACCAGAAAGACGCCAGUGAGAAAAUCUGCUAGAGGGAGGAAAGUCGGGGCACAAGAUGAGAGAGAAGAACAGGAAUCCGGCUCCUGUGUUCCCCCGCCCACUUCCCUCCAAGCCUCAUCGUCCCUGGACAAAGAUCCAUCAGCGUUAUCAACUGACGGGCAGCAGGAGAUCCAGAAGGAGGAGGUAGAAGGAGCGAACCCUCCUGAUAUCGAUGCUGCCUCCGCUGGGGAGGACCUGCAGCCUGAGAGCCUGGAAGCAGAGGAGGAGAAAGAGGGAUGGAGCAGUGCGGACGUUAAAGUUGUGAGUAAAAGGAAGAAGGAGAUUGUCGGACCCGAGGCAAAGAGAUCUCGUUCUCAGUCUCCUUCUGUUCCUGCCGACUUCGAGCUGCCGCCAUUCAGAGCCAACCAGCCCCUCGGUCAGGAGUUCGUGGUCCCUAAAUCCGGAUACUUCUGUAACAUCUGCCGUGUUUUCUACCUGAGCGAGAGCAGCGCCAAGGACGUUCACUGCAGCAGCCAGGCGCACUACAACAACCUGCAGGCACACUACCGGAAGCUUCAACAGAAUCUAUCAGGAAGUUCGACACCAAACUCUCAAGGCUUCAUCUCUGACUGAUCCAGAUCCUCUUCUGACGUCCUGUUUUCACUCGUGUCCGUUUGUUUGUUUGUCAGCAGGAUUUUGCAAAAACUACUCAACAGGUUUCUGUGAAACUUGGUGGGAAGAUGGAAAAUAGGCCAAGAACGAGUCACUUUAAUGUUCAAGUGGAUCCAAACACUUUCAUUAUGAGAUGGGAUGUUUUUAAAAUAUAUUUUCACUGAUUUCCCAGAGAAUAAUUCUUGGAUUUUGAUGAAAAAAAUGUACCUGAUAUAAACAGAUACCUGUUGAUUUAAGUUGCACAGAACAAGUGAGUAGAAUCAAAGCCUGUAAGUGUUUGUCCGUUUUUAAUGCACAUUUUUUAUUUGUAAAUAAAUAAACCUGAGUCAGAAAUUCAAA